AUGUACGAAGUGAGGAAAGGAGUAUCUGAGCUCACAUUUGUAAUUCUUCGCGAGCUCAACUUCGAUCUUACAUUUGGACAUCCCUUUGAUUUACUUGCGAUCUACCUUGAUAUAUUAAGAUCGUGGAUGCCAGAAGAAUUUGCAAAAUAUCCUAUCGCUGACUCUUGCAAUGCGAUGUUGCGAGAUUGCUAUACAGAACCUGAUCUGGUGCUGUCCCACUCUUCAACAUCUCUUGCGAUAGCAGUAAUUUCUCUAGUUCUGAAAGGAAUUGAUGUCGAUGUACCUCACAGCCAUGAUUGGUUCGAAGUUCUUCAUAAAUCGAUGACCGAGCAAAGACUCAGAAAAAUCGAAACCGAAAUCAUUUGUGAUGUUUACGGGUUAGAACUACGCAAAGAGUAG